GGAUGGCGAACAAGAACAAGAAGCGCGAGACGCAAAACGACGCGGACGCGCUCGGGAUGAGCUCCACGGAGAAGAUCCUCCGGCGCAUCCACGAGCUGUACGAGAAGGGCUUGUGCGCGGACGACGCCGAGGGUGGCACCAUCGGCCUCCUCGAGAUCGCGCACGAUCCGCUGUUGAACGUCCAGGGCGUGUGGAAGCCGCGCAAGAAGGUCAACGUCAUGAUCGUGGGGAACCACUCCGCGGGGAAGAGCUCGUUCAUCAACUGGUACGUCGGCGAGUCCGUGCAGACGACGGGCGUGGCCAUCGAGACGCGAGGCUUCACCUACGUCACCAGCGGCAGGAAGCGAGAGACUCUCAAGGGCGACGCCACGUUCGCGUUCUACGACCACAUCGGCGGCCUGCGCGAGUUCAAGGGCGUGGAGGAGAACGUCUUCACGGAGAUAUCCACGUCCAAGGACCGGAACUUCGCGUGCGUGGAUUUCGUGGACACCCCCGGGCUGGUGGACGGCGAGAUGGAAUACCCGUUUGACGUCGUCGAGAGCAUCGCGUGGCUCGCGGAUCACGUCGACCUCAUCCUGUGCUUCUUCGACCCGAUCGGGCAGGCGCUGUGCAAGCGAACGAUGACCGCGGUGGAGCGUUUAAACGAGAAGCACGCGGAGAAGCUCGCGUAUUACAUGUCCAAGGCGGACCAGGUGGAGAAGGAGCACGAUCGUCAACGCGUCCUCAUUCAAAUCACGCAAAACCUCGCCGGCCGGAUCAAGAACAGCCACGCGUUUAAACUCCCGACCAUCUACCUCCCGAGGGACGACCUCGCGGUGCCGAUACCGAACGCGAUCGAGGAGGUGUGCGAGGACGUGGACAAGGCGAUUCGUCUCACGGUGCAGAAGAACUUGACGACGAUGAAGGACGACUGCGCGAAGAUCGUCAAGGCGAUCGACGCGCGCGGCGAGGAGGACGCGCGGCGGAAAAAAGACAACGCGGCGCGGACCAUCAAAGGCUGGGCGUUCAUGUUCGCAGGCUGGCUCGUCCUCUCUCUCUUGGCGUACGUCGCGACGCUCGAGACGUUCGCGCUGCGACCCGUCGCGGUUGCGAUGCGCGUGCACGCGUUGCCGCGACUGAGCGAGGACGAGUUCCCCGUGGCGCGAGCGGUCAUGACGGGGCUCUUGCCGACGGAGGUCGCCGAGGGCGAGGUCGCGGCGAAGCGGUGGAUGGGCGUCGAGAACGGCGGGCUGUACGCCAUGGCGUGGCUCUCCGUCGCGUACGUCACGCUGCAGGUGAUGAAGCGGAAGGCGUGGAGAGGCCGCGAGGCGAGGUUGACGAAGAGGGAGUGGAAGAAGCUCGAGGGGUACCGAGCGUACGCGAUCGAAGUCAGCGCGGUCAGGGAGGAGCUGUACAAGGAGUACUUCAAGCAGCUCCACGAGGGGGACGGGUACUGAUGCGACGCGAGAGAGAGAGAGAGAGAGAGAGAGAGAGAGAGAACGGACGCGGCGCGAGGACGACGCCGUGGUCGCCUCGGGAGCUCUGGCUGUUUGCGUUAGUAUUAAUUUUUUCAUUUAUUUCCCGCAAGACUAUUCUAC